AUGAAGAGGGCGCGCUUGCUGCAGCAGCAGAAUUCGCCGCCUUCCUCGUCUUCGGACACCGUCAGCUCCGCCGCCCCUCCUCCUCUCCCCGCCGGCCGCUUCUUCGUCUCGACCGAGCGGCGUCCCGCCCGUUCCGCUCCGGCAGCCAAGCCGGGUUCCCCUCUUGACUCUAUUGUCGCGAGCACCUCCGACCCGCCCGCUCGACCUAUCCGCUAUCGCAUGCAGAAAUGA